GCUUUUAAGGUUACAACACUCACUGUAUAUCUGUGAAUCUGAUUUGCAAAACGUCAAAAAUGAUUCGUAACCUAGUCACAACAAAGCUGGAACUCCAGUCAUGAAUCAAUUCGGCCAAGUGAUGCAAAACCAGCAACAGGAUUACGAACUACCCGAACCGCCCAACGAUUCCACAUCAGCCCUGGAGUUUGUGCCACCAUCGAGUUGCUGGAACGCAAUCUGCGCCGGCAGUUGGGACAACAACGUGCGCAUCUGGGAGGUGCAAUCGGACAGGGUGGUGCCCAAGGUGAUGAAGUCCCUGGAGGGCAUACCACUGGAUAUCGCUUGGAACGACUUGGGCAGCAAGGUGUACCUGGGCGACUCCAAUGGCUUGGUGUCCGAGUGGCACUUGGAAUCCAACCAGCUGAGGAAGGUGGGCACGGGCAACUACCUGGCCACCACCUCCUGGGACAAGACCAUCAGGUUCUGGGACUGUGCUGUCAUGGAACUUAUCCGGAAGGAGCUGCCGGAUCGCAGCUACGCCGCCGAUGUCCUCAACGAGGUGGCGGUGGUGGCCUGCGGCGAUGGAUCCAUCCUGGUCUACACCCUGCUAGGCGGACCCGUUGAGCAGGCGCGGAUGAAGAGCCCGGGAGAGGGCAACAGCCAUGUGCGAUCGUUGGCGCUCCACCGGAACAGUGAGCUAACCAGCUGAUUGCCAAGACGAUCGUGCAUUGCCACGGUGGUGUUCUGCUUCUGGGACAGCCAGAUGUGCUCCACGCUGCUGGAGAGCAAGGUGCAUCCGCAGCCGAUCACCAAGUGCGCCAUCAGCGGCGAUGGCCAGUUGUUUGCCUAUGCGUAAACGAGUACUUGGAUUGCAGCAAAAAGUCACAGAUAUUCUUGCGUCCGUUUUAAACUGUCGAACUAUC